UAAAGAGACACCCACACUAAGCUCUCAGACUCCCAGCUAAGGAAUUGUUUCCUUUUCACUCCUGGGUUUUUCAGAGGCACAGGAAUCCCACCAUCAAAGCAAGCAAACCCCUGAGUGACCUGCAGCCCUAUUAAGCACUAGAAGAUCACCCUGCUGACUGGAACCUGCUGCCUGGCGGAGAACUCACUGGCUCCAUUACUUUCAUGCUGUUGGGUCACUGCUCUGAUCUGUAAAACAGUGUGAGGAAGUUUGGUGCCAAGCCAAAAAGUAAGGUUGUCAUGCUACAGUUUCACAUUUUUACAGCUCUGGAUGAAUGCUCUCACUUAUAAUGCUUAUUUCUUCAGUAUUCACUCAUUUUUGGUUGUUUAUACAAGGUGAACUGCCCCUUUCGGGAGGAUUAUUCCCUUUCUUCAAGCUUCGUGUAACUUUUGGUGCAUUUGUUUCAAUGUGAGGCUGACAGGUGGGGUUUUUUAUAUAUAUUUAUUUUUUAGACUCUUUUUGUUUUGUUCUCCGUUUUUGACCGUGGUUCCUUGAAGGAUUUAACGCUGCAGCAGGGGAUUUUGGAUCCAUUUAUACUUUGACUUUCAAACUGGAGACAGAAAAGAAUAACAGAAUCAGAAAAGAGUUGGCUUUGCAUGGGAUUAUGAAGGAUCUACCCAGCGAUCAUCUGCCACCAAUGUUACCCAAACAGGCUCAGUGCUUUCUGGUGAAGGGUGCAGUUAUCAUGCUCUGCUGAGACUGACUGUGAACUUGCAAACCCUCAAGUGCCAUUUGUAUCUGUGCUCACCUCUAUUCAUCCAAAUGAUCCUCUUAUUGUUACUUCUCAGAGUCCUCACGUGUACCCUGGACUUUCAGCUACAUGGAGUGCAAGCUGAAUCCAAUCUCAGCAGUAAAUUUAAUUUUGGAAGUGCUAAGGAGCAGAAUGGAGUGCAGGACCACCAGCAUGAGAAGAUUGUGUCGGUUUCAUUCAAUGGAUCAAUUCACAGUCCCAGGUUUCCCCAUUCAUACCCAAGAAGCACUGAGCUGGUAUGGAGAUUGGUAGCAGUGGAAGAACACUUAAGGAUACAACUGACCUUUGAUGAAAAAUUUGGGCUUGAAGACCCAGAAGGUGAUAUAUGCAAGUACGAUUUUGUGGAGAUUGAAGACCCCAGUGAUGGGACGAAACUUGGACGUUGGUGUGGUUCUAAAGUAGUGCCCGGCAAGCAGAUAUCAAAAGGAAACCAGAUUAGGAUACGAUUUGUAUCCGAUGAGUAUUUUCCCUCUGAACCGGGAUUCUGCAUCCAUUAUACUCUUCUCACUCCGCAACAGGCAGAACCAGUCAUCCCCUCAGUGCUACCCCCAUCAGCACUGCCUUUAGAUUUACUAAGCAUGACUGUUGCUCGAUUUGGGACUGUGGAAGAAGUAAUGCGAUACCUUGAACCAGAUAGAUGGCAGUUGGACUUAGAAGAAUUGUACAGGCCAUCAUGGCAAGUACUUGGGAAAUCCUAUAUACACGGCAAAAAAUCAAGAGUGCUUGACCUGAGUAUUAUGAGAGAUGAAGUGAGGUUGUACAGCUGCACGCCACGCAACUUCUCCGUGUCUUUGCGGGAGGAGUUGAAAAGGACAGAUGCCAUAUUUUGGCCAAGUUGCCUUCUGGUGAAGCGAUGUGGGGGGAACUGCGCCUGCUGCAGCCACAGUUGCGGUGAAUGCCAAUGCAGCCCAACUAAAGUCACCAAGAAGUACCAUGAGGUUCUACAGGUUAAGCAAAGGCAUGGUUUAAAAACCCUACAGAAGUCAUUGACAGACGUGGCUUUGGAGCACCACGAGGAGUGCACUUGCCAGUGCAAGGGGAACACUGAAGGAUAAAUGGACGAGUAAACGAAUAAAUAUCUAAAGCACAUACAAGAUUUAGCUGUUUCUCCUGGAGAAUAGCUUACUUUCACACUGUAAACAUGGAAGUCUAUUUACGGCUGCCAGUCUUGCAGAUGUACAACUACGUCAUGAUGAGAGGAGACGUUGGAUAAAAUCUUCCAUUAACGUUUGGUUGGCCCAGACGCCACAUCAUUGAGAGGGUAUUAGUCAGUGUGGCUGCCCUUUAAAAUUACUGUAGACAGAUGAAGCCCUACGUUAGGAGAGGACAGUCAUAAUCUUAUAUAAAAAAUGUCUACUGGACAGACUCUGUGUGGAGAUCUGCUAUCAGACUGACCACAGCACUGCAUAAUAUCAUGGUGGAAAUACUUCUUGGUGUCAGCUUUGAAAUCCCAUUGAAGACUAUUUGCAUGAUAUAAGCAUUUUUGUGCGGCGGGAGCAGUUACACCCAGUUCUGUAAGCGUGACUAAGAAAUUGAGGUUUCCCCUCUAAAACCUCAUGCAUUCAUUUUCAAUUGACGUUUCAUUUCUUCCUACAAUGUGCUUGGACCAAUGCAUAUAUUAAUCACAACCCAAGUAGACAGAUUCCUCACUCCAGCUAAAGGCGUUUGUUGUAUUGUACUUUUCAUUGUGUUACUUUUGUACAUUUUAUAUUCUUUUCAGUUAUAUCGUUUUGCUUUUCUAAUUGUGUUAAUUUUAUCUCUUUUUACAUAGAUAUUUAAUGUGCUGUCUUUUAAAGCUUAGACAAACUUUUGUGUAUUUCAUUAUUAUUUUUCUCUUGUUUUAUUAAGCCCAGUUGAUUUAUGGUCAAGCUGCAGGAGGCGGGUAUUUGUAUAUGGUGCUAAAAAGUGAAGUAACGGGGUUUUACAUUGAAAAAGGAAAUGGCAGAUGGAGUGAACAUAUUGCGAUUGAGCUGCUACUGAACUAUUUUUAAUAUCUGCUAUAAAUGUAGUUUCUUAAAAAAAAUAUGAUGCAGUCUCAUCAAACUUCAA